AUGGCGACCGACACCGGGGGCGCCGCGGCCGGCGGUGAGCAGCAAUACUCAUUGCGGUGGAAUGACUUCCACUCGUCUAUGGUGUCCUCAUUUAGGCGCCUGCGCGAUGAGGAGGACUUCGUUGACGUCACGUUAGCGUGCGCGGGCGCCACCUUUACCGCGCACAAGGUGGUGCUGUCGGCUUGCAGUCCUUACUUCAGGAGGCUACUAAAGGCGAAUCCUUGCCAACAUCCCAUCGUGAUACUACGUGAUGUUCAUGAUAAGGAUAUGGAAAGUCUGCUUAGAUUCAUGUACCAAGGGGAGGUGCACAUUGGUCAAGAGCAACUGAAAGAGUUCCUAAGAGCAGCUCAGCUGCUGCAAGUACGAGGGUUGACAGAUGUUCCGGCGCCUGCGCCUAUGGCCACUUUGGAUCAAAAGGCUUCACCGUCCGCAUCUUCAUGGACUGAAACUGGAAGUGGGGGUUCCCGCGAAGGUCGAGAGGGACAACAGAGGGAAGGGAGGAGACCACGGAAGCCAGAUGACGGCGCUGCCAACACACCACCGCCCAAACGAGCCAGAUCCUCCGACCUGUACCAGGCACAGUUGAAGUCCAGGACGGAACAGCUGCUGUCGGUGCAGGGAGCCCGGCGCCUGGGCACUAACGGACACGAACUACUGUUCAGCCAAGCCAUGGACACCUCGCAGAACCAGCACUUAUCUGGAGUUUCUAACAAUCUGUCUGGUGAUGGCGAGGAGUCGUCAUCGGAUGCUGGUGCUAGCGACACAGAGGGCGAGACUCGCGCCAAACAGGAGCCUAUUGACUAUGACGACCCUGCAACCAUGGCCAACACCAACGGAACUCUGCCGCACAUUCCCGGACUACUGAAUCUACCAGGUUUCCCCGGCCUGCCCGGACCAUCAGGGAUACCCGACAAUUACGGAGGCUGUCGAAGGACACAGGACCUACUGCGCGUGAGAGCUACCGACCCCCGGCCGUGUCCCAAGUGCGGGAAGAUCUACCGGUCUGCGCAGCUGAGGACGCAUCUCGAAGACAAACAUACCGUCUGCCCUGGAUAUCGUUGUGUUCUCUGCGGAACAGUGGCCAAGUCUCGCAACUCGCUGCACUCCCACAUGUCACGGCAGCACCGAGGCAUCUCCACCAAGGACCUGCCCGUGCUGCAGAUGCCCACCAGAUUCGAUCCUGAACUCGCCAGCCAAUUGUUAGCAAAAGCAGGUGUCAAGGUAUCACCAGAACAGCUGCGAGCUCGCGCGUCUCCCACCGGCCCAAGACGCUCGGACAUCAAGCUUGACGCCAAGUCUGCCGCCUCAGAGAGCAGCUCCAUCUGCGGGGACAAUGACAACGACGACCUCAGCCAGUCCCGGUACCAGGACAGCAUACCGGUCUCACCACCACAUAUAAACAACUUGGCAAACACGACCAUCACAAAAGUCCCGGCAGUGCGAGCAGUCACCGCUAAGACGGUUGAGAACCUACCACACGGCCUGACUGCCGGACUGAAACACGAUGACUACCCACCGGGAUACGGAGGCAGCUCAGCACUGCUCGAUACGUAUUUGCAGUACAUUGGAGAAAAUAUGUUUGGAAUGAACGCGAAACUGGCACAAAUGAACGCUAUGCACAUCGAAAGGAAGUCAUAUGAGGAACCAUCGCCACAGAUGGUCCUGCCACCUCCGCCGACGAACCUCGCACAUCAGCGCUUUCUCAAACAGAUGCAGCGGCAAUACACUGAGAACAUGAGCAAACCUGACAUCAUGCGCGACUCCGAUGAACCACUCGACCUUGGCAAAGAGAGGCAGAGGAACGACAGCAUAAGCGAGACUGAUACGGACAAACACGACAUGGCAGACAAGGACAAUGGGAAAGAUUACUACAAAGAUUAUAAUGAUGACGACCGGAGAGUGAACUCUGAGCAGGACGCCGACAACGGACAGGACGACGGCGACUACUCGGAGGACGAACACAACAAGAACUCAUGAAAUGAAGGCGUCGUAACUAUAAGUGUGUUGAAUUAGUCACGUAGACUACGUGUAACACAGAUAGGACAAUGUUUUGUUGAAAUUAUCAAAAGGUGCUUGAGUGUUAUGUUUUGUGGUCAUUAGCUUGAUUCGUUUUUGUAAUAACGGUUUUAAUUGUUGACCCGUGGAAUGUCGUUGGUGCCAUUUCCGAUAUUAAUGUAAAUUUUAAAGUUUUAGGGUUAAAUCGGUUGCAGCUAGGUUGAGUCUGGUUACUUUGCAUAGAAUCGCGAAUCUGUCCCGCUGGAGUAGUGAACAGAUCGGCGCAAUGAAUCUCUGCGUGUAGCACGCGUGCGGUUGUCUCGCGACUGCACUUUGGAUAUUACUUGUUAGUGAGACAUUAUUUUUAUACCCGAUGUGAUAACACAGCCAUAAUUCACUUUAGCAUUUACCUGACACAUUAGUUCAGAUCGACUCGCCGCAAGAUUGUGAGAUUGUUUUAGUAGUUAACGACUAGUGAGUAGUGUUUUGUAUUGUGUAUGUAAAGGUCCCGGUCACGUAGUAGGGCCUCUUACAUAGUAAUUCCAUCCAUCUACCUCAGCAUUUGGGCCAAUGCGGCAAACGUUAUAAAGUAAAAAAAUAAAUAUCCACACAAAUUGUGAAAUUCCAUCCAUCUACCUCACUUCAAUAGAUUUUAUUUAAUAUUUUAUACAAUUUAUAGAUAUAAAUAACUGUUGUUUUAUGCAUUUUGCAGAUUGCAUUUAUAUAUAUACUAUAUAGAGUAUAUCGUAGGUAAAUAUAUGCAAGUCAUUAGGAGAUCGUUAGUGCUGCCCGUAGCAAGUCGUACGUUUACCGUUCUGUUAUAGAAGCGCACUCACUAGACAACGUUAGACUGUGUCACCACCGUAGCGAGAUAGCAUACACCUCAGGUAACAUGAGCACUAACUAUACGAUCCGAAUAUUGUAUACGAACAAAUAUAACAGAGCUUAAAAUCAUACUAUUAUUAAAGUAAAUAUACAUAUACGUGCGUAUACUGAAUCGCGGACGGCGAAGUUAUAACGCGAUGACAACACGAUGUAUAACGAUUAAAACAUUUAAGGAUGAAUUGAAAUGAUCGGCGUAGAUCGCAGCAGUUCUGGCAAGUCUGAGAGGGCUGAGGUUGGGCAUGUUGUCCCUGCACGUUACCCUGUAUCAUGCACCUGAGACUGACUGCCAUCCGAGGGAUGAGCAGCUAUCGCGUUAUCAUCCUGCGUGCGAUUCGUCAAAAGUUCAAAUUUGACACGUAAACAAUAUAUUAUGAUAAGAGGAUAUUAUGCAUGUAUAUAAAUUGAGGUGAUAUGUAAAGUACAUAAAUAAAUAAAUAGUAACAAAAAGCAAUAAAUAAAGUAUACCUUGACGUUGCCUUCGAAUUUGUGUAAAUACGUGGGUAGUGAAUGGUUUGCGUUGGUAUUGUGGAAAUAUGAACCUUAUAGUGUACAAGUGAAGGUUUAUUUUGUAGUAAUGAUGUGGGCUCGUUACUUAAAUAACAAUUACUGUGAUUACAAUCUCAUGUUAGCCUUCAAUACUUAUACAUAUUUUUUAGAGUACAAUGUUAUAGUUAUUUAGUAUAUUAUAAGAUAUUCGUAAGCGAGUCACAAAAUUAUAUUUACUUCCCGCCCCCGAACGUUAGGAUUCACGUUAUUUAAGUAUUAGAGCAAUAGGUAAAAGCAUUUAACCUUUUAUAUGAGAGAUAUUACAUUUAUGAAUUUAUUGAGAUAUCUCAGCGGCGCCGGCCCGCAGUCGUCACGGGACGCGGGCGUCGGCCGUCGCAAGGAAAUUCAUAGAUAUUAUUAUUAUAGGAGUAAGUUCUACGGGUUGAUUGAAAAUAUUUUUGUUUAGUGUGUUAGUGAGAAUUGAUGAUUAAGUCAGUUUGGUUUGCGCAAAUAUAACCUUGUUGACAUUUAACAGUGUUGCCAUAGUGAGUAAUGAUUUUCGACUGUAUAUAAUAUAAGUUUUGUUUGUUUAGGAAAAUGAGUGCUUAAUAUUUGAUUAUUAUGGUAUAGAUGCAAGUAUCUUUUAUUUAGAUUACUCUGAUUACAUUCUACUCAUUAUAGUUCUUUUAGAUAAAUAGAAUUGAUGCACGCUGUAUUUAACAUUAAACAAUAGUCAGUUACCAGAUUGUGAUUAAGGAAAGUAUAUAUUUUUUCAACACAAACCACUUAAAAUACAGAUAAUAAUAAGGUGGAUUUACAUGGUUAUAUCCGGGGACCUACACAACGAUCUGGUUGGGCAAGGUAACUGUAAUACUUACAAGAGAUAAGACGCAGUUUA